AGUGCCGUUUCCGCCCGGCCCGGGGAGAAGCCGCCGCUGCCGCCGGGGGAGGGGCCGCCGCUGCCGCGGCUGAGCGCUCGCUCUCGCCGGCUGCCCGGGACACGCCGUGGCGCCGAGCCGGGCCUGGUGCCGCGCAGGGGCCCGGGGAACGGGCCGGCCAGGUUUCCCCAUGUCCGUGACGUGUUGGCCGAGGCUCUGCGGCUCCUCUCCGCCCUCGGAGCGGCCAGUCGCUGCCCUCUGGACUCCGUGAUCCCCGACGGGCGUCAUGAGCAUUGCAAUCCCUCUGGGAGUCACCACACCAGAUACGUCCUACUCCGACAUGGCUGCAGGAUCGGACCCAGAGUCUGUGGAAGCUAGUCCAGCUGUCAGUGAGAAGAAUGUGUACUCCAGCCACGGCUAUGGGGCCACCCAGAAACACAGCUAUCGCGGGCUGCCUUACGCAGAUCAUAAUUAUGGAGCCCCUCCUCCUCCAACGCCGCCAGCCUCUCCUCCUGUCCAGACCAUUAUACCUCGUGCAGAACUGAAUGGCCUGCACUCACCUGAUGAGGAGAACUCCGGGGAUAGUGAGAGCUCCUCAGAAGGAGAAUCAAUUCCCACUUGGUGCCACUGCAGUGUCUCUCAAGAUGGUUUCCUCCUCAAGUGUGAAAAGUGCAGCCUGACAAGUGUUGGUGGCACCAGGAGUGGAGAUGAGGAUGUUAAAUCGAUGUUCUUAUCAUCCUGGGCCCCACUGAGGGCACGCAUCUUGUGACAUCCUGUUGAAUUUCAAGUGACUUUACUCCUACAAACCAGCUUCAAUUGUGCAUUCUCCUUUGGCAGAGGAAUGAGCAGGGGGAAGGUGAUCAGACUCCGCCACCGGAAGCAGGACAACGUGUCAGGCGGGGACAGCAGUGCCACUGAGAGCUGGGAUGAAGAACUCUCUCCCUCCACAGUGCUGUACACGGCCACGCAGCACACGCCCACCAGCAUCACGCUGACCGUCAACCGCGUCCGCAGGAGCAAACCCAAGAAGAGGAAGAGGAGUACAGAAAAGGCUCGUGCUGCUCCAAAGGCCAAAAAGAUCAAGGCUUUUCGAGAGGGCUCACGAAAGUCUUUGAGGAUGAAGAAUUCCCCUUCUGAAGCACAUGCCUUGGAUGAAAACACAGCUGAAGGGUGGGAGAAUCGGAUCCGCCUGUGGACGGACCAGUACGAGGAGGCCUUCACCAACCAGUACAGUGCUGAUGUGCAGAACCUGCUGGAGCGACACCUCAGCUCCAAUAAAGACUAUGUGGGCAAAACUGCUAUGCUGGACACAAUCAACAAAACUGAGCUGGCCUGCAAUAAUACUGUUAUUGGGUCCCAGAUGCAGCUGCAGCUGGGAAGGGUGACUCGGGUUCAGAAGCACCGGAAGAUCCUGAGGGCAGCGAGAGACUUGGCACUAGAUACCCUCAUAAUUGAGUAUCGAGGGAAAGUUAUGUUACGGCAGCAAUUCGAGGUCAAUGGGCAUUUCUUCAAAAAGCCAUAUCCCUUUGUGCUGUUCUACUCCAAGUUCAAUGGCGUUGAGAUGUGUGUUGAUGCCCGCACCUUUGGUAAUGAUGCCAGGUUCAUCAGGCGGUCCUGCACUCCAAAUGCAGAGGUUCGUCAUGUGAUUGCUGAUGGGAUGAUCCACCUGUGCAUCUAUGCUGUUGCCACCAUUGCCAAGGACACAGAGGUUACCAUCGCCUUUGACUAUGAGUACAACAUCUGCAAUUAUAAAGUGGACUGUGCGUGUCACAAGGGGAACCGGAAUUGCCCUGUGCAGAAACGUAGCCCAAAUGCUGCAGAACACCUACCUCCACCUGUUUUAGGCACACUCAUUGGGGCAGAAACACGCCGGCGAAAGGCCCGACGAAAGGAGCUGGAAAUGGAGCAGCAGAGCCUUGCGUCGGAUGAGAACGGCACUCAGCAAACUGAGGAGGUUCCUGAGGGACCUGCAGCAGUCAGUGACAAUGAGGUGCCAGAGAAGGAGGAGAAACAAGAAGGGGAGAAAGAGGAGCCUGUAGAUGAACAUGGAGCCUCGGUCCACAGCAGACGGUCCCGGGAAGACAGGAAGGUGGAAGCCAUCAUGCACAUGUUUGAGAACUUAGAAAAGAGAAAGAGGAGACGAGAGCAACCAUCAGACCGGAACAGCACUGAUGCUGAAAUCAACGUCAGUUCUGAAGCUCCUGAGCUGGAAGAAGUGAAAACAGAGACUCCUGAAACUGAAGAUGGAAGUUCAGCACCGAGUGCUCCUCCUGCUCCUCCGCCUCCUCCACCUCCUCCUCCUCCUCCUGCUCCUCCUGUUGCUAACAGUACCAGCAGUACUGGGGUGAACACACGACGCUCCUCACAAGUGGCGGAUGCUGUCCCUGAAAAAACAGUGGCUAAGCCAGCUCCAGCAAAACCCUCCAGGCCUCGACCAAAAAGUCGCUUCUCUCGAUACCGGACCAGUUCAGCACAAAGACUGAGAAGGCAGAAACAAGCCAGUUCCCAGCAAGCUGAACUCACACAGGCUGUCCCAGAGGAAGGAAGCACUGCCAGCUUGGUAACCACAACAGAUGUCAGCAAUGUGGAAGGGCCAGGAGAAGGCAGACAGUUGACAGGAUCUGACCCAACUGCUAUCCUGGCUACAGGAUCCCAGUCUAAAGCUGCAGUAAAAUACCCCAAAACAAAAAAGUACCUGGUUACUGAAUGGCUGAACGACAAGGCAGAAAAGCAGGAGUGUCCAAUUGAGUGUCCUCUGCGCAUUACUACAGACCCAACAGUUUUGGCAACCACCCUCAAUAUGUUGCCAGGUCUGGUGCACUCCCCACUGAUUUGUACCACACCCAAACACUACAUUCGCUUUGGUUCACCUUUCAACCCUGAGAGACGUCGAAGGCCCUUCCUGCUGGAUGGCAUUUACAGCUCCUGUAAGAAGCGCUGGAUCAAGCAGGCCCUGGAAGAGGGGAUGACUCAGAGCUCAGCAGCUCCGCAAGAGAACAGGACCCAGUGUCUAUACCAAAGCAAUGACAACAGCAGCUCCUCCAGCAUCUGCAAGGAUGACACAGACUUGCUGAGUCCCCUGAAGAAAUGGAAGUCUCGCUACUUGAUGGAGCAGAACGUGAAGAAGCUGCUGCGGCCGCUGUCCCCUGUCACGCCCCCGCCUCCCGUCCCUCCGGUGCCUCCGGGGCCCGGCACAGCGAGCCCUCAGCUGGCCACGCCCUGCUCGUCGCUGCCCGGCGAGGAGGAGACUCGCAAUGGCUACGGCGUCAUGUUCUCCCCCAUCCCCUCUCUGGCUGCCAGCCGCUGCAAUACUCCACUACAGUUUGAGAACGUGUCCUCCCCCGAGAGCUCCCCUGCGCAUAGGCCCGAGUCCAUGUCACCUGAGGUCUGCCUCCGAUCCGAGCUGGAUUCCAAGGGUGCCCACCUGGAUUCCAGUGCAAACACCUGCCAGGAACGGCCGUCGCUGCUCAGCUUUGCAUCCUCUGACGUGGCUCCACAAUCCUCCAUAAACUCUACUUCAGAGAUGAACUUCCCAGGGAAAAGUGGGGAAGCACAGAUGCUGCUACGAAGCUCUGAUCAGGCUUUUCGGACAGAGUUUAAUUUAAUGUAUGCCUUCUCCCCACUGAACGCUAUGCCCCGCGUGGAGGGGCCGCUGCGGGGCUCUCCUCCUCUGGCAGACAGGAAGCCCUUGAAUUCGGAUGCAGGGUGCUGCAGCUCUCCUGCAGAAGGGUAUUUCAGCAGACACGAGUCAGGGCUGCUCAAAGAGACAGCACAUGGGUCCAUGUCCCCCUGCAGCGAGAGGGCUGCUGAAGGCACCAGAGCUGCUCCCCAGAAUCCACCACAAAGGAAGAAGGCGCAGCACGAACUCCGUCCUCCCCACAAAGCGGCUUCUCCCCUUCUCAUCCCUCCCUGCCUCACAUUGAGGACGUCAGCCCACCAGACUCGAGGGGCUGUAGCUCCUCAUCAUCGCUCAGUAAAUCCCAGGACAGCAUCAGCAGUAGGUGGAUGGUGCCGACGUCGGUGGAGCGGCUGCGGGAGGGCCGGGGGAUGCUGGAGAAGGUGCUGAGGAGCGGGGCCAAGGUGGCCCAGAGACACGAAUCCUCCCCUACCCAGGACUGUGCUCCUGAGAGAGAUGCAGAUGCAGCAGAAGGAGACACUCCAGAAGCCCACAAAGGACCAGCAGUUUACAGUCCUUCUCGAUACAGCUACCAGCUGCUGCAGUCUGACAGUCCCCAGGCAGAAUCCCAGACCCUGCUCCAGCAGAACUCCUCCCCGUACAGAGGGCACCUCGCGUCUCCUGGAUACAGCUACCGAGCAGCAGCACAGAGGACAGGACACAGCCUGUCCCACGGUUCCUCGGAAACAUCCCUCUCCUCCACCUCAUAUUCCAGCCCUGCCCACUCGGUCUCCACAGACUCCUCUGCCCUGUUUGCAGGGAAUUCGGGGUAUUUCAGCAGCCAGCAGCACUCUGGCAGCGUCAGCAGCAGCCUCCUGAGGAAGAGCUGCCCUGCGGCUGCCAGCCCGGCACAGCAGCCAGCUGUGGACUCUCUGUGCUCGGAGUCGGGCUCCCAGCCCUGCACGGGCGUGUCGGGCUCUUCCUCCGCUCCCCAAAGUGCUCGCUCACUACAGUCAGACUUGCGGACUAUCAGCCUGCCGAGCUCGGGCCAGUCUGUGCUCUACCAGGGCUCCCGGGGCGCGGUCAUUUCCAGUGCACAACACUAUCCGCACCGCGGGGGAGGCAGUGUCCAUCAGUACAGACUGCAGCAGCUUCAAGGUUCUGGAGUAAAGACUCAAACAGGACUUUCCUAGGGCUGCCUGGACUUCAGGAGGACAAAACUGCCCAUAGCUCCUUCCAGUCACCCCUGGAAGUGGCUCCUGGGCUGGUGUUGAAAGCUUGCACCUGAUGCUGGGGUGCCGGGGGUCAGAGGCUGAGGUCGAAAAUGCACGGGUGAGAUUUGUGAGCAGUAUUGGCCUCUGGCCUGGUAGGAGAACACAGAUUUCUCUGAGGCAGAGACUGUAGCAAAGCAGUUCCCUGACAUGUGGGUACAUUGCAAAAACAAAAAGAAACAAACA